AUGGAUCUCCUUAAUGUCGCUACCCCUUCACUCUCCACAAGUACAUCAGCUCGCAGUGUUCGCAGUAUCAAUGACAGAAGCAUGGAAGAAAAUUCUCUUGCAUUAUCUUAUGCUGAAGAUCGACCUCUUUCAAAAGAAUCUUUAAAAACCCUUCUGCGAGGGCAUUAUUUCAUCAAGUAUCAGAAAAAUGGACACAGAAGUGUGCGUCGAAUCUAUUUCAAGGCUUGAUAAUUCUCUAUCCAAUAUUUAUUUAUGAUAAAAAAUACUAUAUAUAAAAUCAUUAUUUAUUAGCAAUUUUCUAUCAAAAAAAUCAUAUAAAAUUUUUUUAUAAAAUAAUAUUUAAAGCCUGCACCAUAUUUCAAUGAUUCUCUCCAAAAAUUAAUCCUCGAAAAAGACCGCUCAAACUCGAAAUUUAUAUUUACUACAGAUAUAUUAGCAGUUGAAUUUGGAUUUUCAAAUCAACUGACCGCUGUGCUUCUUAAAGGAGAUUACAAUCAUAAAGUAUACGGAUUUCGUCUUAUUACGAGAAAAAGGCUUAUUGAGUUAAGCUCUAAUAGUCGCGCUGAACGAGAGCAAUGAGUUGACAGCGUAAAUGUGCUAGCAGAGGUGGUAAAGGAAUGAAGCAGUCAUAUUGGGCUGAGAAAAUAUUGGGAUACACUUACAACAAUAAGCCAGUCUGAGCAAGAUAUUUCUGAUCUUUUAGAAUGCCAGAGAAAUGCUAAAAUGGGUCAAAAAAAUAUAAAAAAUAUUUUUCUUAUUUUGCCUUAAAAUAAUUAUGAAAAUAUUUUUUCGCUAAAAAAAGAAAUAUCAAUUAUAACUCUACAAAGAAAUGAGCUCGAAAAAGAAGUAAUUGAAGGACUAAUUAAUGAAAUGAUUUUGGCUUUAGAAGUCAGAGAAGCUAAUUUAGCUAUGCUCAUGGUCAAGCGCCAAGAAGAAGCUGUAGAUGCUGAAAAUCGACUUUUAAGGCAAAAACAAGAAAGUUUGCAAAACUCUUUACGCGAAAAAAAUAAAGAAAUUGGGACUCUCAAAGACCAUAUAAAAGAUCUUUAUAGUAACUUAUCUUCCAACCAAUCCCGCACACUAAGCAAAAUUUGGAAAAAUAUCAUUGAUUUUUUAUCAUUUAAAGACCUCCUUGUCUUACAAAAUGUUUCAUUGUAUUUUAAAGACCAGGUCGCUAAAGCGUUUAUUACAAAAUCUUUGUGGAGGCGUAUAGGAACUGUGAGCCUUUGUCCUCGAAAAAUUAGCUGAAGAAUGUAUAUUAGAAAUUUUUAUGGGAUGAGGGUAGGAGGAAUGGGCCAUGAAGUCUACCCAGAAAUAAUGGAAGAAAUCAGCAAAGAUGUAAAUAGAGGCUUAGUCGACCACCAACAAGAGGUAGAAGAAGUCUUAAUUGGCCUAUGCGCCCUAAACCCUGAUGUGGGGUAUUGCCAAGGCAUGCAGCUUGUUACACAUUUUUUAUUGGGGAUUUUAAGAGACACUGACGAAGUUUUGGGGACUCUUAUGUCUCUAUUAAGACCACCUUUUUACCUUGGCGAGCUCUGGAAAAAUGGAUUUUCAAGGCUCAAACUUGGGAUUUUUCAGUUGGAAUUUUUAUUGAAAUUGAAAUUGCCUUACCUUGCUAACUCCCCCCCAUCCUUGAUCGAACAACUCGCCAUCGUUCGAUCAAGGAUAGGGGUUAAAAAAAAUUUUUUUUGGGAAAAAAAAAUUAUAUAUAAAAUAUAAUAUAUAUAUAUUUUUUUUAUUUACUUUUAAAUAAGAGGGUUAAGAGUAUUUAAUAAUAAAUUUUUUACAGCAAAAAAUUGAAUUAAUUUCAUAAAAUACCAGUUUGUAAUAUUUUGAUUUAUUAGUUACCCUUUUAAACCGUAUAAAUUUUAAUUUAUUCCUUAUUGAAUUAAAUUAUUUUUUUUAAAAAUUUUAAAGAAUCUCUCUUUUAUUAGAUUAUUAAGUUUUUAAGCCUAGGUUGAUGACGAAAUCACUUCAAAUGGUUGAUUCCGUAGCUUUCUGUCGUCUCAAAGCUCUGAAACAACUUCAUUAGGUACAUCUUCCCAGGCUUUUGAUAAAUAAUAUAUUUUUAUAUAUAUAAAAAAUUUGCAUGAUAUGAAAAUCGUUCGAUCAAGGAUGGGGGUUAAUUUCCCCAAGUUUUAGGAAUUUUUACAGGCAAUCGUUCGAUCAAGGAUGGGGGGAGUAAACAUUUUAAAGAUCUUGAUAUAAAUCUAGAUGUGAUUGUAACUUACUUACUUUUUAAUAUGAGUAUUUAAGGCGUCUAACUUUAUACUCUUACACUCCCACUAAAGGGACAGAGCUAAGAUGGUGACUUCACGAGCAUUUCCGAUCCAAAAAGCCGGGCCAUCCCAAAUAAACUGCCUGCCAUCCUAGCCAUUGCUUCUCACCAAGCUCAGCUAAUACGCGUGUUCCACCUAAGAGUCAUCCUCCUCGGAUGCUCUGAGUGGUGAAACUCUGAGCCUCUCAGCUGCACUAUGGAGCAGUUCCUCUGUUUAUCCCAACGCUAGCCUGCAGAGGUUCUCGAGAGAAAACCAAACUCAUAAUAAAAUUUCAUGAGGAAGAAUAUUUUCUCUAGAGCUGCGCCAUUUUAUUUAUAAGUCUGAUUGUAACACCUUGGCUUUUGACUGUAUUUACUCAUUUAUUAGGACAGCAAGGAGUGCCUAUUGAAGUGGUUCAGUGGAUCUGGGAUUUCUUUUUAGUCCAAGGAUGGCCAGCUUUGCUAUCAACAUGCUUAGCAUUAUUUUAUUUGAGCCAAGAGUCGGUCUUGGGGGAAAAUUUGGAAACGACACUGCACAGAUUUUCUAAUAAUAUGCCAUUUGAGAGUGUCGUGAAAUUUAUCCCGAAAUUUGAAAUUGAGCCUUCACUACUUGAUGACCUUGAAAGAGCUUUUUACUUGCAAACAAAUAUAAAUUAA